GAGGUACAGCGGGGAUACAGGGAGACAGGGAGCGCGCAAUGUGUCAGAUUUCUCUGCUCUGUGGUGAUUGAGAUAGGCGCUGCCUGGGAUACUGCUAACAAGAUACAGGAAAAGAGAACAGAGAGAAGGGAGUAUCUCAUUUCUUGCACAAGACCAGAAGGAUCAGAGACCUAGAAUUUCCCUCUUUGGUACCACAAACUUCCUGGUACGUCCUGCUAGGACUCCUCUGUGUCUCCCCUCAUGUGGUCUCACUGCUACAGCUCCUAUGGCGUGUGCCCCUCAGUACACGCUCCAACGGCCCUAUUCUGCCGCCGCUCUCCACGUUUGCAAAGGACUGCUUGGCCAGUGCGGCGGAAGUGACGUGUAUCUCCCUCCUGCUGCUCACCGGAAGUACCAUGUUCCCGCCCAGUCUGCUACUUCCGGUUGUAUCUUGCGCCAUUGCGUGGCCGCUAGGUGUCUUUCAGACCGGAGACUUUCGGGAGAGGGCAGGGCGCAGUUCACCUAGAGGUGUCACGUGUUUCCGGACUACCGUCAUGACGUCAUCGUGCUUCCUACCGCUGGUGACGUCAUGUAUUCUCUGGUAUUCUGACAUCAUCAGUGGUCAGUGUGCGGUGACGGUGUCGGUAUCGGUGACGGGCCUGGGCUAUCUGUGGCCGAGACCCCUGUUCCGGACGGCGGCUGUGGGGAGAGCGGACCAGCGCGUGCACGUCAUUUACUCCCUCCUCAAGAUAGUCACCGCUCUCGCUUUCGUCUCAGGGGCUGUCAAUUUCCGAGUGCUACACCCACCACACGCCCACAGCCUAGCCGAUGCUCCAGGUCAAGAUGACAUCAGUGAGCUGCUGUGGUCAGCCUCAACCUACGUGUUCAUCAUGGCUGGCACCAGUGUGUUAUUUGUGUGUAUCAGCUUCGUGUCUCUCUCGGUGUGUCAGCCUCUGUGUGGGAUCACUCUGCCCUCAAUAUGCUCCACGCUCAUCUCUAGCGGACUUUUCGUGGCUCUGAACUCGGAACAGUUCAGACAAACGUUUAAACUGACCCCUUCUGGUGUGGAUGGAAGCUCCCUCCUCGCAGCCACACACUGGUCUUCCUCUACACCCUUGCUGUGCGCGGCUGUGGUCCCAAUUCUAUUGAUAGUAACAUACAUGUCCGCUCUCUCCCUCCUACCUGGUUCACCCCGAGUCCUAAUGGCGCCCUUCAACCUUCUCUUCUCCGAUCACUUCUGGUCACUUUUGGGACUUGACGCUAAGCUCAUCUUGUCUGCCCGAGGACGCAGGUUGGAGACACUGUCCCUCACGGAGAGGAGUGCGGAGAGUGAGAGAGAGGAGAAGAGUGAGGGAGCAGGGGGAGGGGGAGGAGAGCCGGAGUGCACGCUGUUCGUCUGCGCGACCAUGUACCGGGAGACUCGUGACGAGAUGAUGACACUGGUCAACAGCUUCCGGCGCCUGGCAGGCAGCGCUCACGGGCUCUUCUCGGAGGUCCAGCUCAACUUCCACGUCAUGUUCGAUGACGGGUCCAGAGAGGGCAGCCUCACGCCGCCCGCCAAACGUCUCCUAUCCUGUCUUCUCCCCCACGUGACCGCCGGGUCUGAGGCCACGCCCACCCGCUCCCGCCGACUCUUGCUCCGAAGUCCGUACGGGCUCCAGUACCGGGAGAUCAUGGCCGGCGGGUGUCCACUCACUGUCCACUUCAAGGACAGCGCCAAGGUGAAGUGUAAGAAGCGCUGGAGUCAAGCUAUGUACAUGCAGUAUGUCCUCAACUACUACCUUCAGCCAGAGUCCUUCGGCGGCAGCAACAACAACAACGACAACGACAACGACAACGACAACAACAACAUCAACAACAAAUAUAACAACAAAUAUAACAACAACAACAACAAAAACAUCAUCAACAACAACAAUAAUGAAUGCACGUGUAGGAUUGAGCUCCCCAUGUCGCCCAAAGAGAAAGAGUUGACUCGCCAAGGGGCGUUACUGGACAUGUACGUCCGGAGUGGAGAGGUCAUCCUAGGUCAUGAGGUUAAGGCCAUAGAGGGUCAGCUGUGGCUCAACUGGGACCAGAAGAAGACUGUGAGUGAGGUGGACACCCUGGGUCGUGGUGUGGGUGGUCACUUCGAGGACUGGAAGCACCUGGAUGUGUUGAUUGACCAGCUGGAGAAGGGUCAGGACAAGGAGGUGUGCCCGUGUCAGAUGACCCAGCAAGGAAACAGAUUUCUGGCUGCUCAAGUCCUCCCAGAACGUUUUCGGCACAGUCACGUGUUGCCCAGGUUGUUUCUCCAUGUUUCGGGCCAGCGCCCUGGCCCCUCUGCUACCCCGGGUGUGUGAACCCACGCAGUCUGCGGCCGACGUCUACUGGAAGGACACAGGCGAGGACCGCUGGCUGACCGUCCUCAUGAUCCUCCAGGGCUGGUCACUCAGCUACCUCAGCGACGCCACCUGUGUGACGUCAUGUCCGGACACCUUCCCAGAAUUUCUGAGACAGCGAAAGCGUUGGAUCCUAUCGGACUUGGCCAAUGACCUACUUCUGCUCAAAAACUCGACCUCAGUCGUGAGAAGGAACGACAGCAUCUCCCUACUCUACGUCCUCUACUUGUGUCUGCAAUUCUUCGUAAAGAUUGUAACCCCUGGCUGCCUGCUGUUUGCCAUAGCUAUGGGCCUGGACAUGGUUGGUCAAGCGCCCUUAGGCUGGACACUGGUCAUUUUGAGCAGUGUGGUCGGCAUGUACGUGCCUCUGUGCGUGUGUGUGAGCGACCUCUGGCACGGGCGACUCACGCUGGUGUUCUCAGUGGUUCUGUCGCUGAUGUUUGUAUGGACGGCCGGGCGGCUGGGGGUGGUGAUGGUCAGCUAUAUGAUUGGCAGCGGGAGAGAAUGACGUGUUGUGCUGUGAGCUGCCCAGUCUGACGUCACUCAAGGACACCUGCAUGCGUGUGUGGGUCGGGGAUGACCCAAGGGUGGACGUGAACGAGGAUGGCGUUGCUAGUAAACAUG